UGUCAUAUUUCUUGACGCAUAUUCCCGUCUUGGAUCGUAUGAAAGUGAUGACACGGAUGACAUUGGUAGCAAUGAUACAAAAAUACAUAUCAUAAAAAGUCUUGAUGAUUUGUCCAUAAUUUUAAGAUUGAUUCAAGAUAUUAUUGCCAAAUGCAAGUAUUUAAUUUCUCCAAAUUCCAAUUUCACGUUGAUCAUAGACUCACUUACUCCUAUACUUUUAACUUCCUUAUCAUCAACGUUUUCUUUUUUAAAAAAGAUUUCAUCCGGGUUAACUUCAGAAAUGAAUACAUUUAGAGUGAUAGCAGUUUAUCAUUCCGACAUUCCAACAUAUCCGGUAAAUGGGAUAACCGGUAUGCUAAAUGUUCGGAGCACUAUUCUAAGUCAUUUUGCUACCACAACCAUAACUAUCAAAAAUAUGGAACAAACUCGUAAAGAGUCUAUUUAUGAGUAUUCUAAAGGUACUGAUGUUAUGGUAAAUGUACAUAUGAAUUCACCAGAAUGUAGUAUUUGCUUGAUAGAACAUAGAAAAAAAUCAGGAAAAGUAUUUUAUGAGAGAAAUGUAUAUCAUAUUGAUGAAUCUACAAAUGAUCUAAUAAUUCAAUUUGCAAAAGAAAUAACUGAUGAUAUAAAUGUUAAGGAUAACAAUAAUCCUGAUCCAACAAUAGCGAAUACGUUAUUCAAUUUAUCACUGACUGAAGAACAGAAAAAAGCAAAAAAUGAUGUAAUUUUGCCAUAUACAAAAGUGCAAGGUAUCAUAUUUGUUAUGUGA